ACUGCGGCUUUCCCCGUAGCUGGCCACUUGACUGCGCUUUUCGUAUUUAAGUGGAACCCUCUCAAUAUUUUCAGCCCCUUCAAACUCGACGUGUAACAUUUCAAUCCCGACCGACAUGGCUCGCACUCUCGGAUAAAAUCAAUUGUCUGUUCGGAAUCUCACUCGAGAAUGUGGCUGUUUCGUAUAUCGACGUCGAAGGUGACGAGGUGACGUUAAGUACACAGGCGGAGCUGGAGGAUUAUUAUCAGGAUAUGGAUGCGUUGGGUCGAUGGAAGCCUGGGCAACCUAUCAAGUUUACUGUGCUGGAUCUCAGUUCUGCAAGGCAGGAGAGGGUGCGGGGACAACAAGAUCAGGUCCUUUUGGACCAUGAGCCCGAAACCCGGGAGUUGGAUGAAGACUGGUUGCAAUGCGUCCCGCCGAUGUCUGAUCCUGGUAACUCGUCAAUGGAGGCCGAGAAGAACACAAAUUCAUUUGAUGAUGCGAAUGAGCCCAGCGUGGUCCCAAUCGCUCCUUCGGAAGUAGAGCGUACCCCAACACCCCGCUUGGACAAAGGCAAGGAUCGAGCCGUCAAGAUCGAGGAAGUACCAGACGAGGAUUUAACGGUUGUUUCUGCUACACCCCACUUUACUUCCGUUACUUCUCAAGAUUCACAGAAGGAGGUCGGAGGAGGUUCCUACACGAUCGAAUCCAAAUCACAGGUUGCAGGCGAGAAGAACGGUGUUGAGGACGAUCCUCCCCUUCCCUCUCUGGACGCCACUGCACUCGAGCACGAACACCAGCUUUCCAAUCCUUCGCUUUCCUCUGACAUCGCCAACCUCAUUUCAUCCCUGUCCAACAUUCUCGUCUCUCAUCCCGAACUUUCUGAAGGCGUGAAAAACGUCGUUCAAACUGCUAUUCGAGGGGAUUAUUGGCCGUCUCAAAGAGAGGCAUUACAUAGGGCCGCUGGGAAUGUUGCAGAGAGUUUAAAUAGGGUUGAUCAGGAAGCUGGGGAUGUGGGCAAGAAGGUUGCGGAAGCGUUGGAGAGGUUUUUUCAGACCUUUGCACAGCUGGCGAUGACAGGCUCUUCAGUGGCAAACGCGAACCACCCCGACGACCCAAAAGUUGAUCCCCAAGAGGAUCCCAAUAAUACUGCUUCCCCUAACAGCAACAUUAUUAAUGAUGAAGGCGGAAAUACUGCCUCCGAUCAUAGUCAACGCAGCCACGACGCUAACCCUUUCCGAGCAUCUGAACGGCGUCAUUGGCAAUGGGGUCCUUGGGAUCAGCCUCAUCCUCAUCUCCGUGCCCAUGGUUUUGGUAGGUUUGGGGCAUUUGGGCCUUGGGGUCGUCGUCCUCAUGCUCAACAUCAUCAUAACCACCACAACCACCCUGGCAGGUAUCCACCACCGCCGCCACCACCGCCACUCAGCGGUGAUUUCAUGGGACCAUUCGGAAUGCACUUUGGAAAUACUUCAGAGGGAAAUGUGCCUCAGUCUUGGGGUAGUGGAAAUGGUAACAUUCCGACAAAUGUAUAUGACGACCCAAGCUUAACCAGACCUUCUGGUCCUGCUAACAUCUCCGAUGCGCACUCUGUCAUCGAUGCAUCAGCCCGACAAGACGGCAUCCCGUUUCCCCACCGUUCGAAUACGUUACCCUCUCGACACUCUCACCCUACAGUUUCAGUUAACUAUGAAACUCGGAGUUUCACUCGAGAUGGAAAAGAAAGGGGAAGAGAAAAGGGUACUAGAAGAUUGUAUAAAAUUUUAAGGAGUUUGAGUGAUAUGGGUUUUAGUGCACGAGAGCACUCUGAACUUCUGACAAGAGUGCAAGAGCUGUUAUCUUCGAAUGCAGCACAGAAGGACGAUGAGAUCGUGACAACGGUGGUCAAUGAGGUGUUGAGUAAACCUGUCGCUUCUACCAGUGAGGUCAAUCUUCCAGGGAGUUGGGAUUGAGUGACUGCAUUCAUCUUAUGGAGCUUGAGAUGGCGGAGAUCUAUUAGUAUUGGUUGUAUUGUAUAUACGGUAGGUACAACUUGUUUUCUUGAUUACAGUACGAAUCUAAGUAGGGGAAAUUUUGCAACAAACG